UGGGGGCGGGGCCGAGCGCGCGGCCGGCCCUCCCGAGUCAGCCAUCUUUCAAUUGUGCUUCGAGCCGCCGCCAGCAGCAGCAGCUCCGGCUCCUCCUUGCGCUCGCCCGCCCGCCCUCCCUCCCGCACGGCAGCCGCGCUCGCCCAGCGGACGGGGUGUAAGGCAGCGACGUCGGCAGGAGCAUGGCCCGUACCAAGCAGACGGCCCGCAAGUCCACCGGCGGCAAGGCGCCCCGCAAGCAGCUGGCCACCAAAGCCGCCCGCAAGAGCGCGCCCUCUACUGGUGGGGUGAAGAAACCGCACCGCUACAGGCCAGGCACCGUGGCUCUCCGUGAAAUCCGGCGCUAUCAAAAGUCGACCGAACUUUUGAUCCGGAAACUUCCCUUCCAGCGCCUGGUGCGUGAAAUUGCUCAGGACUUCAAAACAGACCUGCGCUUCCAGAGCGCUGCCAUCGGUGCUUUGCAGGAGGCAAGUGAAGCCUACUUGGUUGGCCUGUUUGAAGAUACCAACCUGUGUGCUAUCCAUGCCAAACGCGUCACAAUCAUGCCAAAAGAUAUCCAGCUAGCACGCCGCAUACGUGGAGAGCGUGCCUAAACUUCACUCUGAUGGGUUUGUCAUUCUCGAAGCAAAAUCUUCUUCCUGUUAUUGGUAGUAAUGAACGUUAGAUAUUUUUUCCAUGGGGUUAAAAGGUACCUGAGUAUAUGGUUGCAAAUGGAAAAAUAGGGGACAGAAUUGGGUAUUGGCAAGUUUUUUUCCAUUUUCAUUUGUGUGUGGAUUUUUAAUAUAAACGAGGGGACAAAAAAAAAACAGCAAUGCGGUCAAAAAAAAAAAGUCUCAGUGAAAAAGUUUCAACAAUUCAACUUUAUAAAAAAAAAUAUAAAUAAAACCUGUCAAAAUUUUUCUGGACAAUGCCAGCAUUUGGAUUUUUUUAAACAAGUAAAUUUCUUAUGAAUGGCAACUAAAUGGUGUUUGUAGCAUUUUUAUCAUACAGUAGAUUCCAUCCAUUCACUAUACUUUUCUAACUGAGUUGUCCUACAUGCAAGUACAUGUUUUUAAUGUUGUCUGUCUUCUGUGCUGUUCCUGUAAGUUUGCUAUUAAAAUACAUUAAAUGAU